UCGGCCAGCCUCAGGCAGGGAGGGAGCCAGGGCUGCGAUGGGGCUGGGGCUGGGGCUGCUGCUCUGCUGGGGGACUCUCGGGCUCCUGGAGGCCAACGAAGACACUCGCCUCUACAACAGACUUUUCGCUGACUACGACAAGAAGACACGGCCAGUGCGCAAUGUGGAGGAUGUGGUGGAAGUGUCCGUCAAGCUGACCCUUACCAACCUCAUCUCACUGAACGAGAAGGAAGAAACUCUCACGACCAACGUCUGGAUCACACAAACGUGGACGGAUUAUCGCCUGGAGUAUAACAGCAGUGACUUUGGUGGGAUUUUAGCCCUCCAGGUCCCCGCAGACAAGGUUUGGCUACCAGACGUUGUCCUGGAGAACAACAUCGAUGGCCAGUUUGAUGUGGCGUAUUUCUCCAACGUUCUGAUCUACCCUGGGGGGUCCAUGUACUGGCUGCCCCCUGCCAUCUUCCGAAGCACCUGCUCCAUUGAGGUCACCUUUUUCCCGUUUGACUGGCAAAACUGUUCCCUCGUCUUCCGGUCUCAGACAUACAAUGCCCGAGAGGUGCAGCUGACGUAUUCCCUGGACGAAAGUGGAAACCCCAUCCAAGAGGUUGACAUUGACCCUGAAGCCUUCACAGAGAAUGGCGAGUGGGCGAUCAAGCACCGCCCGGCCCGCAGUGUGCUGGCCCCCGUGUCCGGGAUCGAGGCCCCUGGCUACUCGGAGAUGCACUUCUUCCUCAUCAUCCAGCGCAAGCCGCUCUUCUACAUCAUCAACAUCAUCACCCCCUGCGUGCUCAUCUCCUCCCUGGUGGUGCUGGUCUACUUCCUGCCUGCUCAGGCCGGGGGGCAGAAGUGUACUGUGAGCAUCUCGGUGCUGCUGGCCCAAACCGUCUUCCUGUUUCUGAUUGCACAGAAGGUUCCGGAGACCUCGCUCAGUGUGCCCCUCAUUGGCAAGUACUUGAUCUUUGUGAUGGUCGUGGCCACACUCAUCGUCACCAACUGCGUGAUUGUGCUGAACAUCGCCCUACGCUCGCCCAGCACCCACGUCAUGUCAGAGCGCCUCAAACAUGUGUUCUUGGAGGUUCUUCCACGGUACUUGGGCGCCACCUUGGAACCGGCAGGCGAGGACCCUUGGGACGCCACCCAGGUGCGUCGCCGUAGCUCCUUUGGGAUCAUGUUGAAGGCAGAAGAAUACAUCCUGAAGAAGCCCCGCAGCGAGAUUCUCUUUGAGCGCCAGGGGCAGCGGCAUGGGCUGCAACGGCGACCCGGCUACCAGAUGCCUUGCUUUGAACAGAAAAGGCCGCCCCUUCACUGGCAGCAGCUGUGUGGACCCCACGGAGCCACCCUAAGCCACUGCCUGAGCGCCCGAGAGGAGCUGGUCAGCAUCACACUGCUGACAAACAGGACCCGUAUUGCGGGAGGAACGAGAGGGCAGCUCCCCUGGAGCUCGAGGUGGAGGAGCUGCAAGGAAUGGCCACAAAGGAAGACGUUGGGAUGGGUGCGCGCGUGUGUGGAAACACUAACGGACAGGCUGGACGUGCAAAUGACCAGCGCCUUGUACAAGAACCUGGCAAACGUGGCCCCAGAAAUCAAGGAGUGCGUGGAUGCCUGCAACUUCGUAACAGACGGCACCAAGGACCAAAAUGCCGCCAGCGCGGAGAUGGAGAACUGGGUGCUGAUUGGGCAGGUGAUAGACAAGCUCUGCUUCUGGGCUGCCAUCUUGCUGUUCACCGCUGGGACUCUCGCCAUCUUUCUAAUGGGGUAUCUCAACACUGUGCCCGACACCCCCUUUCCAGUGCAGGCAGAACAGUAGGGCAGCAUCUUCUCCGGCGAGCAGGAAGAGGGGCUCACGCGGUGCCCCCCAAGUCUCCCUAACUGCCCCAGUAUGGAAGAGACAGGGGCUUCCAAACUCGAGCACAACCAGCUGGAGGCUCAAAGCAUUUCUGCAAAUCUGCCCCACCUGAAGAAUUCUAUGAGAUCCAAAUACUUGCAAGUGCUGCUGACAUCUAAUUGGGCCUAAUAAAGGACACGAUGUGAA